GGGCGGAAAGGCACACGCGUCCAGCCCGCCCCCUCUCUACAAGAGGUCGCAUUCCGGGACUGCUCCCUUUCAUUCUUUCGGGCCGAGCAUUCCGCGAGCGCAGUUGAAUGUGUCUGUGCCACCGUCUCUCUUCUGGGUGUCAAAAGUUUGUCUCUUCCUCCCAUUCUACGGAGCUCAAAAUGGCGGCCUCCUGGUCGCCCUUGGUUACCCUGCGAUUAGUGCAGAGCCGGUUGAGAGGGCGAUGUGUUGGGUGCAGAGCCUGGGCAGCUGCUUUCACCCCUCCGGUCACCGCCCCUGGGAACCCCUUUUGGAAAGCCUAUACAGUUCAGACACCCGAGAGUAUGCCUCCAACUGCGACUACAGAAGCUUAUUUGAAAGCUCUUGCUGUUUGCGACGGACCUCUGCACCACUAUGACUUUCUGAUCAAAGCUCAUGAGUUAAAGGAUGAUAAACAUCAAAGAAGAGUCAUAGAGUGUUUGCAGAAAUUACACGAGGACCUUAAAGGAUACAGUAUAGAGGCAGAAGGCCUUUUUUCAAAGCUGUUUUCAAGGAGCAAACCUCCAAAGGGCCUCUAUGUUUAUGGAGAUGUUGGUACAGGGAAAACAAUGGUGAUGGACAUGUUUUAUGCUUAUGUGGAAAUGAAGAGGAAAAAACGGGUUCAUUUUCAUGGUUUCAUGCUAGAUGUUCACAACAGAAUCCACCGCCUUAAACAGAGUUUGCCAAAAAGGAAAGCAGGAUUCAUGGCUAAAUCAUAUGAUCCAAUAGCUCCUAUAGCUGAAGAAAUCAGCGAAGAAGCAUGUCUCUUAUGUUUCGAUGAAUUUCAGGUCACUGACAUUGCUGAUGCCAUGAUUCUGAAACAGCUUUUUGAAAAUCUGUUCAAAAAUGGGGUCGUCGUUGUGGCAACAUCCAACAGGCCGCCGGAAGAUCUCUAUAAAAAUGGACUUCAAAGAGCUAACUUUGUACCAUUCAUAGCUGUCCUGAAGGAGUACUGUAAUACGGUCCAGUUAGACUCUGGGAUAGAUUACCGGAAGAGGGAACUUCCUGCUGCAGGAAAACUCUACUACCUCACAAGUGAAGCUGAUGUGGAGGCUGUCAUGGAUAAGUUGUUUGAUGAGCUGGCUCAGAAACAAAAUGAUUUAACUAGACCAAGGAUUCUAAAAGUGCAAGGCAGAGAGCUGUGGCUGAAUAAAGCCUGUGGAACCGUGGCCGACUGCACAUUUGAAGAGCUGUGUGAGAGACCACUUGGAGCCAGUGACUAUUUGGAACUGUCAAAGAAUUUUGAUACAGUAUUUUUGCGAAACAUUCCACAGUUUACACUGGCAAAAAGGACUCAGGCUCGAAGAUUCAUAACUCUCAUUGAUAACUUUUAUGAUUUCAAGGUGCGCAUAAUUUGCUCUGCAUCGACUCCUUUAUCAAGCUUAUUUCUGCAUCAGCAUCAUGACAGUGAGUUGGAGCAAAGCAGAAUACUGAUGGACGAUUUGGGGCUGAGCCAGGACGCAGCAGAAGAUCUCUCCAUGUUUACUGGAGAAGAGGAGAUCUUUGCAUUUCAGCGCACGAUCUCCCGACUCACAGAAAUGCAGACUGAACAGUACUGGAACGAAGGGGACAGAAGCAAGAAGUAAACAUCACUUCUGCAUGACUAAAACGCUGGACAAGUGAUUACUGCAGGGAGAACUCUUUAUUAUGGGACUUCAGGGAAUCAUUUUCUCAUCAUUAAUUAUGCACUUUGUCCUCUGGACCAUUUUUAUCUAAAAUUUCUGUCAAAGAUAUAGUUGAUUAAUAAGUUAAAGCCAUUUCUAUAGGUCUACUUUUUGCCUAUUUAUUUGGCCUUAUUUCUGCACCAAAAAAUAAAAUAAAAUAAAAUAAAAUCAGCACUCCUGAGGAUUAAUAUUAAAUGUAGGACCAGACAUCUGGCUUCAUGCGAGCCAGCUGGAUGAACCCUGGACACACACACACAGUUCAUGCAAGGCGUCUGGGCAUCUCCCGAGUCUUGGCAGCAUUGUUGCCGCAUCAUGGCAACGCAUCUCUUAUGAGAGGAGGAAAAAACCCUCCAUUUCUAUUCAAAGCAAAGAAAGCAUUCUGAUCUUAGUAUAAACUAAAGGGAAUAACAUUUUAGAAUAUGGACUUACACAUGUGAUUUGGGGGGCUAUGAAUUGUACUAUCCUAGGUCUUCCGGUUUCCUCACAACAGAGAGUAUAUUUUUCACCCUGAGGUUGAGCCUUGACAGGCAGGACAUGAUCUGCAGCAGACACAGAGUUGCCUGAAAAAGUCAAGGAUUGUGACACCAUGGAAGGGUGUCAAAUUCCAACCAGCAGGCAGAUCCAACUCCGAGAACCAGUGAGAGGACAGAUAUCAGGAAUGGGGACCAGUGAGAGAGUGUCCAGAGGAGGCAGGGUCCUGGACACACCAGGCAGCAGAGCGGACUCCUGCUCAGCUGAGGGCAGCAGGGCCCCACUGGGCAGCGGGCUCCUUCCCACUCCUCACACGCAUUGGCUCUGGCUAUGGAACGCGGCCCCCAACUCUCGUCUCUGCUUCUGCUGAGAGGCAGACCUAACAGUAAAUAGGAAAGAACGCUUGACGCAUCUGCUUAAAUAAAACCUAGUUUGUCCUUCGUUGAGGUCAUUCUUUGAUUCAUUCAAGUACAACCUGACUUUGGUAACUGUUGUUACAGAAAGAAUCUUGGUUGAGGCUGUUAAGAAAGUCUUAAGUAUUUCUUCAAGAAACAAAUUGUUAAAUCCACAAAGUCUGUGAAAAUCAAAUAUUUUUUGGAGGUAGGCACAGAUGAAUCUGUUCAGAUAAGUGAGUCAUCAACAUAAUCAUCAACAUCAGUAAGCUCUUUGAAGCUGUGUAAUUUAUAAGUUAAUAAUCUUUUCACAUUAGUCUGUUUUGCACAUUAACCUAAAUCAAGGGAACCCAAGUAUGGAAAAAAGUUAAAAUCACGGCUUCUGAAACCUGAAUGUGGUUAAAAAGUUUUUUGUUGACUUGAAACAGUGAGUUCAAAAAGAGGUGAAGUAGAUUAAGAGGGAAAAAGGAUGGGAAAUAAUUUCCAAAUGUAUUGCUAGAUAUGUACAUG